AUGCGUUUAAUAAAUUUUCUGGUGAGUGCGAUCCUAAUCAGCACUCAAUCCAUCGCAAAGCCAUUCGAGCGAGGGAUAGCCACUUUAAACUUGGGCAGGGCUCCCUUGAACGUUCCAGUUUUAGGAUGGAAAGACAAUGAAGUUGAAAAGGCUAUUCACUCUAAGAGACUACUAUUAGUUCUUGACUAUCAUGGUACUUUAAUGGGUCACGACGUUGGCAAGCAAGACCAUCCAAAGCUAGAAAAAAUACUCAUGGACAUAUCUAAGACUUCAGAUCUGGUCAUCUCCUCAGGAGGUCCCGCUAAGGAGCUCCUUGGACGUUUUAACAAUAUACCUCACCUCACAAUCUCUGCUGAGUUGGGAGUCGAAGUGCUUUUUCAAGGGAAGGUCAUCAAAACUGCCCCGACGGGCACUCAAGAACAAGUGCAGAGGAUCAAAAAGAUCUGUGAGGAAGUUAGCAAAAGCAAGUCAACAUUUUUUAUACCUUUUUGCCUUUUACAACAAGAAAUCAUUGCAUUUGCUGAUUUUCUAGAAACCCAAUUGAAUCGAGAUAGACACAUAAAAGAUAAUCAAUUUGAGCCUUACCCUGACAGGCUAUAUUCACAUCGCGUUCAUUUUGGAAACCAACUCGACUUGAAGUCUAUGGUCCGAUAUUUCCAGACUGUCAAGCAGAGGAUCCAAGAUGAAGGCUUAAAAGAUUGGUUGGUUGAGUUACCCUCUAGUCAAACGUUUCUAAGCAUCCGACUAGCAGAUAAAGACAAGACAGAUCUUACAAAAACUCUUAUUGAAAACGCUAUUGCUGAAGGUCAUGAGUUUGAUUAUGUGAUUGGUAUGGGAGAUGGCGAGAUAGAUGAACCUUUACUUGAGUAUCUAAACCGACGUAAUUUUCUUUCUAUCCUCGUACACAAUGCUUUUCAUAAAAGAGUCAAUACCUUUGCUCAGUUUCGUCUUCCUGAUGUUGAUGGUGCUCAAGCUCUACUGCAACAUAUUGCAGCUGAAAGGAUCAAGAGGAUGGAGGUACAGGGUUCAGUCUUAACAUAA